AUGCUCAUCCAACACACCUACACCCACGCCUGCGGCCACACCGGCACCGGCCCCAUCCUCACCUACGCAAUGGAAUCCCCCUUCUCAACUCCGCCUCCAGGCUCCCAACAAACCGUCAAAGGCGUCCUCGUCCCUCUCCUCUUCCUCUGCCCCUUCUGCCUGCCAAACACCACCCACAACACUCCUCCGGGCUCCGGCAUCCUCUGCAUCUUCGCCCACCCCUACUGGAUCCCGGUCAAAACCAUCGCUUUACACGACCUGCGACCUAUGGACUGGGCGCCUAGUCUCGAAUACAACGCCAUGUACGGACGGUGGGAGGUCAGACAUAUGGCGUGGAUUCCGAUGCCGGAGGGGUAUGUUACUAUCAGCGAGGAGGAGGGUGAUGGUGGGGAUGAGCAGGUUAUUGGGGGACGGGAGGAGUUAGGGAGAUUUGGGUAUGUGCAAAGGGGGUUGAUUAGAACGCGUACGGAGGUGAGAAGUGCGUGGAAGGAGAGAGGUGGGGUGGAGGAGAUGAUGAGUAGAGGCGUGGGAAGUGGAAGUCGGAUGGCGGGUUUGAUCAGUCAGUUUCAUGCUGCUGUGAAGUCCGGUAAGAUGGCUGGAAGGUAUGAAUGA